UAUAAUCGUUGUUAAAUAAUGACUUGACAGCUGAACGCUGAACUGUGAUCAUCUGUGAUUCAUCUUUCACAAACAACUAUUUGUGUUACUCAUCCUCGUACACAAUAUUUGUAGUUUUCUUUUGAUACAGCUUAAAAGAUCUGAAACAAACAUGUUUUCCACAAACCCGAACUACACCAAACUAAAAACUCACCUGAGGCUUUCCAUAAAUCGUCUCAAAUUGUUGGAAAAGAAGAAAACUGAGCUGGCGCAGAAGGCUCGCAGGGAAAUAGCUGAAUAUAUUGCUGCGGGAAAGAGCGAACGGGCUAAGAUCCGUGUGGAACACAUUAUAAGAGAAGAUUACAUGGUAGAAGCUAUGGAAAUAGUGGAGAUGUAUUGUGACUUAAUCCUGGCCCGUUUCGGACUGGUGACGCAGAUGAAGGAGCUGGAUGAGGGGCUGGCUGAAGCCAUUUCCAGCCUCAUUUGGGUUGCACCGCGGAUGCACACUGAUGUCCAGGAACUUAAAAUUAUAUCCGACUUGUUGACAGCCAAAUAUGGCAAGAUAUAUGCAGAUGCAUGCAGAAAUGAAAGUGUACACACAAUAAGUGAGAAGCUGAAACACAAGCUGUCAGUUCAGAGUCCUCCGAAGAUACUGGUGGAGCGGUACCUUAUAGAGAUAGCUAAGAAUUACAAUGUGGAGUACACUCCGGAUGAGCAAGUGAUGAGGGAAGAAGAAGUAGGGCGAGACGCGAUGCUGAUCGACAUCAACGGCCCACCCAUGCCGCCAGGGUUCAUCGGCUUUCCGCAGCCGCCGGUGCUGCCGCAGAUGCCUAAUCUGCCCCCGCCUACUGUCACGCCUUUUAGUUAUCCUUCUGGUCCAUCCGGCGGCAAAGCGGGCGGGUUCAUCGCGUCGCCGCCCGGCCCGAGCCAGCCGCCCAUGGGCUACAAUCUGCCCCCUGGCGUCGAAUCGAAGGACCUUAGCAACAGCUUCUUACAGGAAGAGAUGCACAACCUACCUCCUGCUUACGACAGUAUUAAUCAUGAUUUGCCCAGCCACGCGCCGACGCCGCAGCCGCGCGCGCGCGCGCCGCCCGCCGGCAGCUACCCGGAGCUGCCCGAGCUGCCGUCCGUGCCGUCCGACGUCCUGCCCGCGCCGCCCGCCGACCGCCCCGCUGGGAACGACUCUAGCGCGCCCGACGAGAUCGACUUUGACGACUUGAACAGGCGCUUUGAGGAGUUGAAGAAGAAGAAGUAGUUUGUGGGUACAAGUUAACACUGUUUAGCUAGAACUGAAGAAAUUGAGAUUAUUGCUUAAUCAAAACAAAAUCACGUUUCGUGUAGUUAAGCGAAAAGUCGUUGCACUAGAGGGUCAUACACUUAAGUCUCUCCUGUGAUUUACAACUAUUGUAUGACAAUGUAAUUCUUAUGAAAGAAAGGGAAGUGUGUGACCCUUACAGUAAACACUAGAUUAUAUGCAUAUAGAACUCGAGCAAUAAAAUACACUAUUAAGAGUAAUCUCAUUGGUGGACUGUAACGGUUAUAAGCAUUAUAACUGUAAGAGUUAACUUGGAGGGUCAUUAUCAUUAUCAAAAUAUCACAGCUUUCUUAUGCUUUUAUAUAUUAUCUAAAUUCUCGUUUACAUUUAGCAAAUUCACUGCCAAGAACACGUUAAAUGUGUUCACUUUAUAUUGCAAAUGAAGCGUUUGGCAUUAAGAAAUGCAAGAUCUCGACAUUCAAUCUCGUUGGCAGGAAAUCUUGAUUUUUGCAAUCCUGGUCGAGAUAUCGAACGAGAUUGAAAAUUACUUUAUCUUGAGUAAUAUUUUUGAGCUUAAAUUAUAUAAGCAGUGCUACUGUAUAGGAACGGCUUUAUAUCUCGAAACACCCAAUCUCGAUUCAGAUUCUUCACGAGAGAUCUCAGAUCGCCUUGGGUCGAGAUUGCAUUCCCUAGUGGGCACCGAAAGUAUUGAACUAACCACCAAAUUAUUGUCUGGUGUCAAGCGCCCCGUUUCCAAUACAAAAUGAAGACACCGCGUGUUCUUGGCAGUGAAUGUGUUAAUUUGUUCAUUCGGCAUAAGUCAUAUAAGACGCGGCCACGUGUUGUUACACAAAUUGUGUAUAUUAUCUAAUGAUACGCCGCAUGCGCUAAAAACCCAUGUCACAAAUAGUUUACUCAUACAUUUUUAUGAAUUAUAUAUUUUUUUCUAUAUCAACUAUUAUGCGGAGUCUUGAAGUUUAUUGCUUCAUUCAUUCACAUCCAUCACAUUCCGAAUAAGGCAUCCCUUUUAAACACUAACGCUCAUAUCUAGACGUGAAACAGUCGGUACUUUUGCCAUCUUUGUGGUAUUACGUGUAUAAAAUUACCGGAUAACCAUCCAACUAUAGAGGCCAUUCUCGUUGGAGGGUCUGCCAUCUUCUGGCCUGAAUCUGAAACAUAAACUGUACAUUGACACUUCAGCGUCUUCAGCCAAAGCAAGUGCUCCCUUUACAGUUCACGUACGUUUUCUUAUGCAUUGUAGGUUCUGUCAUCUUACUCAUCUUGUACCAAACUUGACAUUUAUACUUCGCGCCAAUAAACAGGAAGCUCCGGUGCUGCCCCCGACCCGACCAAAUAUUUUUGGUGUGAAAAUGUUUUGCCUUGGUGCUGCAAAAAUCAAAUAAUAUCCACACCUAAACAAGGAUAUUCGAGUUCGUUUUGGACCAGUAGGAGUGGGAGCUUUUGGGUAUAGUCUGUCAGGCCAUUUCCGCCAGUAAAUGCAAAAAAAGCGACAAAUUAAAAAAUGUAGGCGCGAAGGGUUAUCGUCCCGUAGAAAAUUUGUAUUUAGCGCCUUUUUCUACUGACAACCUUGUUUGACCAACUAUUGUUGGGUGGUUUUACGAUACUAAGCCUUUAUAAGCAUACCCCGGAGAGACGGGUUCCUGAGCUGACAUAUCUCAUAUAAUUCAUAAUCAUUUAUUUGCACAUAAAAAGGGUUUACAUAAAUGGUGUUACAAAAGUUACAUGUCCUAACCUUUUUAGCAGUUUUUGUUUUUCAACUUUCAUUUGCCUUUGCACUAUUGUCAAACGUCUGUCCAGGUUAUGUUCGUAGGGCAGUGUAGAGUAGGGGGGUAUUCAUAUUUCCCACUUAAUUUUGAAAUUGAUUUCAAGGGGAGUUGAAUUUUGCACAAUUCCUGACACACUUAUGCCUUAUAAAGGAUUUAGAUAUGGGCGUAGAGUAGCUCUGAGGUUGGCGUACCGCGCAGCUUAAUUA